UUCAUUUUGUUGAAAGCAGUGGUGAUGGAUUACAAGAAGCAAGUAGCUGCAUCCGUAAUUAUCAUACAAACUCAGUUACAACGAACACGGAAGAAAAGAAAAGUGUGGGUAAAAGAGUGGUUAAAAAAGAGAACCACUUUGUCACACAUGAAUCUUUUAAGUGAACUUAAGCUAGUAGCAGAAGACUACCGAAAUUACCUUCGAAUGGAUGAAGACUUAUUUAUCACUUUAUUGGAGAAAAUGAAACCGCUUAUUCAGAAAAAAAACACUUUAAUGAGAGACGCAGUAACAGCAGAAGAACGGCUUAUUUGUACAUUAAGAUAUUUGGCAAGAGGCAGAUCUUUGGAAGAUCUUAAAUUCUCUGCCGUAAUUUCUCCCCAAGCUUUGGGACGUAUAAUACCUGAAACUUGUAUAGCCAUAUUCAAUGUACUACUUGCCGAUGGAUAUAUCAAGUUUCCUUCCACAGAAGAAGAAUGGCUCAAAAUUGCGAGAGACUUUAAUGUGCGUUGGAAUUUUCCUAACCGUGGGGGAGCUAUUGAUGGUAAACAUGUGCGAAUCACGAAGCCCAUUAAUAGUGGAUCUUACUACUAUAAUUAUAAAGAAUAUUUUAGCGUAGUCCUCAUGGCAAUAGUGAACGCUAAUUACGAAUUCAUUUCUGUCAAUGUCGGCACCAACGGCCGUGUCUCUGAUGGUGGUGUAAUAGAAAACACCACGUUUCACAAGAAACUCAUUUCUGAAAAGUUGAACUUACCGAAAAACGAAAAAACUGCAGAGCACAUGAAUUUUGUUUUCAUCGCUGAUGAUGCAUUUGCACUACACAAAAAUCUAAUAAAGCCUUAUCCAUUCAAGGGGUUAAGUAAACAAAAAAGAAUAUACAACUACCGACUAUCUAGAGCACGACGCGUAGUGGAAAAUGCGUUUGGUAUAAUGGCUAAUCGAUUUCGCAUUUUCCACACCGCAAUGAACCUAAAGCCAGAAAAAAUUGAUAAUGUCAUAUUAGCAGCGUGUGCUUUACAUAAUUUUUUAAGAAUCCACUGCAAAAGUAAAUAUACAGGUUCGGGAUCUCUGGACGUGGAAGACACAGAAAAUAGGGCCCUUAUACCUGGCGAAUGGAGAAAAGAUGAAGAAGUUUUGGGACAACUGCAACAAUCAACUAGGAAUUCAUCUGAUGAAGCGAAAGGAACACGGGAUUUGUACUGCACAUUCUUCAAUUCCACAGGAGCAGUUCCUUGGCAAGAGGACAUGAUUUAGAUUUUAGAAUAACCGAAAAUGUAGUAGAAUAUGUUUUAGUUAUGAUUUCAUAAUCUGUUAAAAAAAUA